CUGCAAAAAAUAAAUAAAUUUCACUAAAUUAAAAACAUGUUACGUCAAAUAUACCAUAGAAUUCACAUUGGUUCUACUGCAUGGGGGCGUGUUUUUAGCCGUGGCACUCAUGUGACGAGCGGAUUACAAAACAAACAAAUCGAAGAGAAUAUAUUGAAAGAGACAAAAAUAUCACGUGAACAUUUGACACCGGAAAUAUCACUGUAUUUAAUAACACCUGAAUGUAGACUUUUUCACGAACCUCAACUGGAUGUGGAAAAUCGUAUAUUUGAAAAUGAUCCAUUUUGGGCAUUCUAUUGGCCGGGAGGUCAAGCUUUAAGCAAAUUUGUUUUGGAAAAUCCAGAUGUGGUUAGGAACAAGUCCAUUUUAGAUGUAGGCAGUGGUUGUGGUGCCACUUCUAUAGCUGCAAUAAUGAAAGAUGCAAAAUAUGCUGUAGCUAAUGAUAUUGAUGAUGCUGCCAGCUAUGCUGCUCUGCUCAAUGCAAAAUUAAAUGGAAUUAAUUUAGAAAAGUUACAAACCUCAAGUGAUAAUUUAAUUGGUUCGAAUAUUUCCGAAGAUAUUAUUUUCAUAGGUGACCUAUUCUAUGAUGAAGAAAUUGCUGAAAUUCUUUUGCCAUGGUUGCACAAGUGUAGCAGUGAGGGUAAAUUAAUUUUUAUUGGUGAUCCCGGACGUCAUGGUUUAACGGAGAAUCGUUUGAAUUUUAUGAAAAAAUUAACCACCUAUAAACUGACUGAAAAUUGUUGUAUAGAAAAUAGAGGCUUUAAGUAUGUUAAUGUUUGGAGAUUUCAAUAAAGUUUAAGAACAAUAUAA